UGGUAGUUUUCGAACCAAGAAAUUAAAAAAAAUAUCAGUCGAGGAUUUCUAAGAAAUCAUAUAUUGAUAAUUUCUGAUUUGUAAUUUAUCAAUUUUCAAAAUGAUCGCCCCAUUAGCUCGGAUUUCCAAUAAAUUAGGCAGGAAUGCAAUGACAAAUUUCGUGAGAUGUCAUUCUCAUGGCGGAGUACCCGGAGAGAAUCUCCCAUUCGACAUCGCCAAUAGAUACAAGCUGACUGCACUCUUUACUGUAUACAUUGGAUCUGGACUUGCUGCGCCCUACCUGAUUUGCCGCCAUCAACUUCUUAAAAAGUAAAAUUUAAAUCUGUAGAAUGUUUAAUUUAUCUUCAUGGAGAAGUUAUCAACUUUAUUAAGUUAAGUUAGUGAUGUGCAUAAGUUGGAAAUAAAUGAUGAUAUAAAUAAAUAAGAAA